AUGGACAUGGCUCAGCUUCUCCAAGCCUUCCGAGAGGAACGCCAAGCCAACACUGCAGCCCUCCAGAUGAUUGCUCAGGCUGUCAACCGCCAGCCGGCGGGGAACGGCAAUGGACGCUCCACGUUGGCGGAGUUCAAGAAGCAUGCACCACCCACCUACAUCGAGACUGCUGAACCCCUGGACGCAGACGACUGGGUCCGCACCAUUGAGGAUCUGCUGGAACUAGUCGGAUGCACUGAGGACUGUGAGAAGGUGGCAUAUGCUGCUCACUGUCUCGGGGGAACUGCCAGAGCUUGGUGGGAUGGAUUCAAGGCCAUGCAUGCUGAGCAAAACAUCAGUUGGAAUGACUUCAAGGGAGAAUUCCGCAAGGCCCACAUUCCUUCCGGAAUCAUGGCCAUCAAGAAGCGUGAAUUCCGAGCCCUGAAGCAAGGAAGUAGCACUGUCAAGGAGUACAUGCAGAAGUUCACUGUUCUCUCAAGGUAUGCUCCUGAGGAUGUCAGCACUGAUGCUGCCAAAAGGGAGCGCUUCACGGAAGGCCUUAACCAGACUCUGCAGUACUCGCUUGUUGUGUGUGACUGCCCGACCUUUCCUGAUCUGGUGAACAAGGCACUCAUGCUUGAGGACAAGCGACGUGCUUUAGAUGGUACCCGUAAGCGCAAGAUGAUCAGCAAGGGUAGAUCCAGCAACCAGAAGCCUCGCCCGUGGCAGCCAGCCCCGGUCAAGCCAACCUAUCAGCAGCCAAGAGCCCUUGCACCCCGCACCAACUAUCAGCCUCAGCAGUAUGCCAACCCCAGGCCAGCUUACAACAACCCCAAUAACAAUGCCGGCAAGAGCAGCAACCCCAAUCAAGUCGCUUGCUUUGGAUGUGGUCAGCCAGGACACUACUCCAAGAAUUGCCCCAACAAGAAGCCCGACGCCUCGCGACCCAAUGCGCAGAACCCAGGACAAGGCCAUGGAAUGCCACCAAGGAACCAAGCUCCCCGCAACCCGCCCAACAAUGGCAAGGUUUGUGUGAAUCAUGUCGCUGCAGAAGAAGCCCAGGAAGACCCGGAUGUCGUGCUGGGUACGUUCCUUGUCAACUCAACACCUGCAACUGUCUUAUUUGAUUCUGGAGCCACGCAUUCAUUUGUCACCCAAAAGUUUGCAUUAAAGAGUGGCAUGACCCCUACACCCCGGAAUAACCCUAUGGUGGUACAAACCCCCGGAGCAGAGAUGAGAGCCAAGAUAGGAUGUAAAGGAGUCGGGAUUGUCAUUAAUGGGGUAGACUUCCUAGCAGACCUUAUCAUCUUAAGAUCGCAAGGCUUGGAUGUGAUCUUAGGAAUGGAUUGGCUCAUCAAGCACCAAGGCUUGUUAGAUUGUGCCAACCGGACUGUCACUGUGACCAAUGACCAAGGAGUCGAAGUUAAAUUUGCCUCCAACCCCUCCUCUGCUCAAGCCAACCAAGUCAACUAUCUGACUAAAGUUGGACUGGAAGUGCCAGUAGUAUGCGAAUACCCCGAUGUCUUUCCUGAUGAGCUACCGGGAAUGCCUCCUAACCGAGACAUUGAGUUCAUCAUCGAGCUCAUGCCCGGAGCAGGACCCAUCUAUAAGAAACCUUAUCGAAUGGGAUUGGAGGAGUUAGCAGAAUUAAAGAAGCAACUAGAAGAGCAGUUGAGGAAGGGAUUUAUCCGCCCUAAUGCCUCCCCUUUGGCAUCACCUGUUCUGUUUGUGGCAAAGAAGGACGGUACCAUCCGCUUGUGCAUUAACUACCGCUCCCUCAAUGAAGUUAGAAUCAAGAAAAAGUAUCCACUUCCCAAGAUUGAAGAUCUGUUUGAUCAACUCAAUGGGGACAAGGUGUUCUCCAAGAUCGACCUCAGAUCUGGGUACUACCAGCUAAAAAUCAGACCCCAAGAUAUUCCGAAGACGGCAUUGGUAACCAGAUAUGGCCUGUAUGAGUGCACGGUCAUGUCCUUUGGAUUGACCAAUGCCCUAGCUUACUUCAUGUAUCUCAUGAAUAAGGUCUUCAUGGAAUAUUUGGACAAGUUUGUCGUCGUCUUUAUUGAUGACAUUCUUGUCUUCUCGAAGACGGAAGAAGAGCACGAGCAACACUUGAGGAUGGUCCUAGACAAGCUUCGAGACCACCAACUGUACGCCAAGUUCAGCAAGUGCGAAUUUUGGCUGCAUGAGGUUGGAUUCUUGGGUCAUAAAUUGACUGCCGAAGGAUUGUCAGUGGAUCCCACCAAGAUUCAAGCCGUGACUGAAUAG